CACGAUCGAUGCGUGCAAAUCUCACUCAUUAUUAUUACAUAUACAGCAGCAAACCUCAUAUGCCAAACUCCAUUAAAAUCACGCUGAAAAAAAUUAACAACAAUAUUGAAAAGCACCAACACAAAAAACCUCAACAUGACCACAAAAAUAGAAAACCCACACGUGCUCGUCAUCCCUUACCCGGCCCAGGGCCACGUGCUCCCGAUGCUGGAGCUUUCCCAGUGGCUAGCGAAGCAGGGGAUUAAAGUCACGUUCGUCAACUCCGAAUUCAAUCACAAACGGGUCAUGAAUUCAUUGCGACCCGACCCGGAUUGUGACAUUCGGAAAGUGGUGAACAUGGUCUCGAUUCCGGACGGGCUCGAGCCGUGGGAGGACAGGAAAGAUUUGCUGAAGCUGACGAGAGGGCUCUACGGAGUGAUGCAGGGAGAGCUCGAGUCCCUCGUCGAGAAAUUGAACCGUGAAGAAGGAGAUAAUAAUGUGAGCUGUGUUAUUGCCGAUGGCACGGUUACGUGGGCCCCACAGGUGGCGGAGAAAAUGGGCCUCAAAAGAGCUGCCUUCUGGCCGGCUUCUGCGGUUUCGUUGGCUUCGUUUUUGAGCAUACCCAAGUUAGUGAGAGAUGAGAUAAUAGACAGUAAUGGAAAAAUCUUGAAGAAGCCAAUGGUUGAGUUGGCGCCCGACACGCCGCUCGUGCACUCCUCGAACUUCAUAUGGGCAUCAGUCGGUGACGAGGCCACGCAGAAAGUCAUUUACGACAUGGUCAGCAAGAUCCACUCUUCACUCAAACUAACACACCGGCAGAUUUGCAACUCGUCCAUUAAUCUCGAGCCCGGUGUAUUCCGGGCCUAUCCAUCCCUAAAGCCCGUGGGCCCACUCCUGGCAAGUGGCCGUCUUGGGAAGCAGGCUGGCCACUUGUGGCCCGAUGACCCCGCCUGCCUGGCGUGGCUCGACCGCCACCCGACCGGCUCAGUCGUGUACGUCGCGUUCGGCAGUUUCGCAGUGUUGGGUGGAGAACAGCUCCGCGAGCUGGCGCUCGGACUCGAGCUCACGGGGAGGCCGUUUUUGUGGGUGGUUAGGCAGGACGUGAUGAGUACCCAUACUACUAGAGAAGAGGAGGGCGAAAGCUUUUGGGAGAGGGUCGAGGAGCGAGGGAAUAUGGUAGUCCGGUGGGCCCCACAGCAGGAGGUUUUGUCCCACCCGUCGGUCGGGUGCUUCGUGAGCCACUGCGGGUGGAACUCGACGGUCGAGGGGGUUGCGUGCGGUGGAGUGCCGUUUGUGUGCUGGCCGUAUUUUUCGGACCAGUUUAUGAACGAGUCGUAUAUUUGCGACGAGUGGAAGAUUGGGUUGAGGUUGAGGAAAGAUGAGAGUGGGAUUGUAGGGCGUGGGGAGAUUAAGGAGAAGUUGGAAAGGGUUUUGGGUGAUGAGGGGUUUAAGGAGAGAGCUUUGGAUCUUAAGGGGAAAACCUUGGAUAGUGUUGGGAGAGGGAACUCUCAUGAGAAUUUCAAUGAUUUUAUUGAGUGGAUUAAGAAGGGAGUUUCAACCUUCCUUAAUCCACUCAAUAAAAUCAUUGAAAUUCUCACGAGAGUUCCCUCUCUCGACACUAUCCAAAGUUUUCCCCUUAAGAUCCAAAGCUCUCUUCUUAAACCCCUCAUCACCCAAAACCCUUUCCAACUUCUCCUUAAUCUCCCCACACCCUACAAUCCCACUCUCAUCUUUCCUCAACCUCAACCCAAUCCUCCACUCGUCGCAUAUAUACGACUCGUUCAGAAACUGGUCCGCGAAAUACGGCCAGCACAAAAACGGCACCCCACCGCACACAAUCCCCUCGACCGUCGAGUUCCACCCGCAAUGGCUCACAAAGCACCCGACCGACGGGUGGGACAAAACCUCCUGCUGUGGGGCCCACCGGACUACCAUAUUCCCUCGCUCCUCAACCCUCUCCCGAAAGCUUUCGCCCUCUCCUUCUGUAUGGGCCAUCACGUCCUGCCUAACGACCCACAAAAACGGCCUCCCCGUGAGCUCGAGCCCGAGUGCCAGUUCACGAAACUGUUUCGGGUCGAGCACUGCAAAACUCCCGAACGCGACGUACACGACCGAGUUGGCGGGUUGGCGGUCGAGCCACGCCACGCAGGCGCGAUCUUCCGGCCAGAAGUGGCCGGAGGAUCUCGCGAGGCGACUGGUGGCAAGGAGUGGGCCGAUGGGAGUGGUGUCGGGAUGCUCGGAGAACGUGCCGGGCUCGAGAUUGUACGACGAGUUGCAGUAGAGUCGGUCGGCGUUCUUGUCCGAGUCGGGGAUUUUUCGGAGCAUGUCGUAGAUGAUUUUCUGAGUGGGCCGGUCGCCGACCGAGGCCCAUAUGAAGUUGGUGGAAUGCAGGGGAGGAGUGCCCGGGCCCAACUGAACCAUCUGCCUCUUCAAGAUUGUUCCUGCAAAUUUAUGCAGUGA